GCACACCUGAUCAGGAAAAGCAGCGGCACGCCUAUCUAUGUAACUUUAGUGGACUUGUGCAGAUUUGUUCGCUAAGUUAGCGCCCAGUUAGUUACUCUGGGUGUGCUUCGGUAGUGACCUAUGGCAGGGGAAGACGACAUCUUCCUAAGAGCAACACAGCGGACCUAUAAGGGUCUGACUCAAGAUGAGGAGAGGGAGUGGAGGGGGCCGUUCUGCUUUAUCCAGGCAGCGGACCCCCAGCUGGGCCUGAUGAAGGCCUGGAGGGUGGGCGACUGCGAUGGAGGAGGGGACGAGUGGACCGAGGAGGUCCGGCUCACGCAGCAGGCCGUGCGGGCUGUCAACGAGCUGCGGCCCCGUCCACGCUUCGUGGCUCUCUGUGGGGAUCUGAUCCAUGCCAUGCCAGACUCCCCUUUCAGAGAAGAGCAAGAGAAGGACCUGAAAGAGGCCCUGCGGCUCACCGAUCCGGACAUCCCCCUUGUUUUCGUCAGCGGCAACCACGACCUGGGCAACACCCCAACCCCGGCCACGGUGGAGCAGUUCCGCCGCACCUGGGGUGACGACUACUUCAGCUUCUGGGUGGGCGGCGUGCUGUGCCUGGUUCUGAACUCCCAGCUGUUCUUCGACGCGUCGGGCUGCCCGCAGUUGGCCGAGGCCCACGAUGCCUGGCUGGAGCGUCAGCUGCAGAGCGCCGCCCAUAGCACCGCCCGCCACGUCCUUGUGUUCCAGCACAUUCCGCUCUACCUGCGCACGCCCGACGAGGACGAUGAAUACUUCAACCUACAGAGGGUCCAGAGGGCCAGCCUGUUGCGCAGGUUCCACCAGGCAGGUGCUGUCAAAGCUUUAACCGUCAGUGGUGUGAAAGCUGUGUUCUCUGGGCACUACCACCGCAAUGCGGGAGGGAGCCAUGGUGGCCUGGACAUGGUGGUGAGCUCAGCUAUUGGUUGCCAGCUGGGCGAUGACCCCCACGGAGUCAGGGUGGUGGUGGUGACCGCUGAUGAGAUCAUCCAUCGCUACCACAGUCUGGAGCAGUUAAGUGAACGUGGCAUAGACGAAGAUCUGAAAAAACUCCUGGCUUGAGUGUCAUUAGCUGUGGCACCCCUGUACCCCACUGAGCCUGUGUCACUUUUUGCUAGCUUUCAUGCACGGUUCAGGUCAGAGUUAAGAGAGACUCGAUUAACAGAAAAGAACAUCUGCCAUCUGCCAUUUUGAGGCCAUGUUCGGAAGGCAGCUGAGUAAUGAACGCCGCCACACAGCAGGCACCUCUGGCCACCAAGGCUGUGAAGGAGAUCUGUCUUAAGGUGUCAUCAGAAGGCUAUGUCCAUUAUCCACAGUGAGCUCUUGCAGUUAUGUGAUUUAGAGAUUUCGUGUUAGUUUUAUCCUGUCAGAUAUGAGAGGGCUCUAGGUGCAAUUUCAGAAAUAUAGCGCUGCCUCUCUUGGUCCUUAAUACCUUAAUCAAAAAGUAGGAUACUUCUCUCCUGAAAAUGCACCUGAGACUCCCCUCAACACCUCGAGUCCAUGUCACCUUAUAACAUUAAUAAGCGGGUGGAAAAGUACAUGGUGCAUUUGAUCUACUGGUUUGGUGAUUUCAUUCCUUGCUUCCAUGCCCAUUGCACUCUCCCAACUCUGAGAGGUGAGAAGAGGCGAUCUCCAUGGAAACCAUUGAAAGGCAUGGCCGUUAUGACUGGGACUUGGACAGACUUGUUCGGUUGACGGAGCAUGAGAAGAUGUUAUCACUGACCUCCACCUCACAUUUAUGGCUUCAUUUCUCAGGGGCAGAGACCCACUUUGAGGACUUGUAGGAAAGGAUUUUUUUUUUACCUUAAAAAAAGAAGGAGGAACAAACUUGUUUCUCUGUCCAGACUGGGACCUCAGGACUGUUCAGUGUUUUUAACAGCCCUGCAUGGAAAGUUGAGCUAGUAAGACUGGAGCUCCAGGAUAUAAUCAUCUUAUUUCUUUAAAUAUCUACAUGUAAUGCCUCUACGUGUGAUCAUAAAAUGUAAUAAAGUUACAGUUACAUCACCG